GAGAAGUAGUAGCAUUUGUUUUGGGGGCAUAGCUACUCCUGAGAAAAACGGACUUUGGACGUCAAACGAAGAGACAGCUAUCUCUGUUGGGAGACGGGGAGAGGAGUCACUGCUUCAUUCACAUCUCCCUGCUGGGGCAUGGAGAGCCGCUGUAGCACAUGUAGCCUAUGCUAACCAAGAGUCUCCCGGACAGUUUUUGGUGAACACAUGGAGUGCGGCCCUUGAAGGUGACAUAGUGAGAUGACGACAAAGACUUAUUUUUUUAUUCCUGUGUGGAGGAAUAGGCAGGGUUAUUUUCUACCACGCAUGGACGGCUGCCACCUCAAGAGGUCAGAUAUCCAGAAAUUGAGCUAUAGGCUUUUGUAGACCAGAGGCCUACAACAUCGUCCUCCAAAACUAGAACAACCACAGUGCCGGUGGAUAAACCCCACUGAAGCACACCUAGUGAAUUUCUCUGUUUUAAACAACUAAAGUGAUAAUUGACUAUUUUGUAUUCAUUUUUUUUUUUAUAAGAAUUAAUAUAGUUUUGAGCUCUACUUCCAAGAGUUUUUUUCUGGUAAUCUGUAAAAAUGGCUCCUGGAAUGGAGGCCGCGGACAUAGCUGUGGUAGCCCUGUAUUUUGUCCUGGUGCUAGCCAUUGGCUUUUUUUCCAUGUGGAAAUCCAAUCGCAGCACUGUGAGUGGCUACUUCCUGGCUGGACGCUCCAUGACGUGGAUAGUGAUAGGUGCUUCGCUCUUCGUCAGCAACAUUGGCAGUGAGCACUUCAUAGGCCUGGCUGGGUCCGGCGCAGCAAGUGGCUAUGCUGUUGCAGCAUGGGAAUUUAAUGCACUUCUACUUCUGCAGCUGCUUGGCUGGGUGUUUGUUCCUGUCUAUAUACACUCUGGAAUCUUCACCAUGCCUGAGUACCUGUCGAAACGCUUCGGUGGCAAACGGCUAAAGGUUUACUUUGCUUUCUUGUCUUUGUUACUUUAUAUUUUUACCAAGCUGUCUGUGGGCUUGUUUGCUGGAGCCCUCUUCAUUCAAGAGUCCCUGGGUUGGAACCUUUAUGUGUCUAUCCUCCUGCUCAUUAGUAUGACUGCACUGCUCACUGUCACUGGCGGAUUGGUGGCAGUACUCUACACGGACACUCUUCAGGCAGUAUUGAUGAUUGGUGGAGCCCUAACCUUAACCAUCCUUAGCCUAAUCAAAGUUGGUGGGCUGGAGGGUGUCAGAACUAAGUACAUGCUGGCAGUCCCCAAUGUUACUGCAAUAAUGGCCGCCGGAAACUUCACCUAUUCGCCUUCCUGUCGUAUUGAACCUAAAUCAAACGCACUACAUGUCCUUAGAGGUCCCCUGGAUGAAGACGUCCCAUGGCCAGGCUUCCUUCUUGGCCAGACCCCUGCAUCUAUUUGGUACUGGUGUGCAGACCAGGUCAUUGUUCAGAGAGUACUUUCAGCAAAGAACAUUGUUCACGCUAAAGGCGCUACGCUCAUGGCUGGUUUUCUCAAGAUCCUUCCCAUGUUUAUAAUAGUCAUUCCAGGGAUGAUCUCCCGCAUCUUGUUUGCAGACGAGCUCGCCUGCAUUGGGCCGGAGCACUGCAUGUCGGUGUGUGGCUCUGAGGCCGGCUGCUCAAACCUUGCCUACCCACGCCUGGUCGUGGCAGUGAUGCCUGUGGGACUCAGGGGUUUGAUGAUGGCAGUCAUGAUCGCUGCCUUGAUGAGUGAUCUAGACUCGAUCUUUAACAGUGCGAGCACCAUCUUCACACUGGACAUAUACAAAACUGCUCGAACGAAUGCUUCUCAGCGUGAGCUGCUGAUUAUGGGCCGCUUGUUUGUGUUGGUCAUGGUGGUAAUCAGCAUUGCCUGGGUCCCUGUUAUUGUUGAAAUGCAAGGCGGACAGACGUACCUCUACAUCCAGGAAGUUGCUGGCUACCUCACUCCACCAAUUGCUGCCCUUUUCCUGUUAGGUGUGUUCUGGAAACGGUGCAAUGAGAUGGGGGCAUUUUGCGGAGGGAUGACAGGUUUCACACUCGGUGUCGUGCGGCUGAUCCUAGCUUUUAUCUACCGCCAGCCUCGCUGUGACCAGCCAGACGAUAGGCCUGCCUUCAUCGUUAAUAUUCACUACAUGUAUUUUGCCACUGGGCUGUUCUGGAUUUCAGGGCUUGUGGCGGUGCUGGUCAGCCUCUGCACCGCUCCACCAGACGAGGAGCAGAUUCGUACCACCACAUUCUGGGGGCUCCGCACCAUUGAAAGGGUUCCCCCAAAGGACAGAAAGGACACUUACAGGCUGACUGAGAAGAGCCAUGACAGUGCAGACAGAAGUCUCAGAGAAGAAAUGAUCCCAGAUGUUAGUAAGGAGAAGUGUUUGGAUGGGGCACAUGUCAUACCCCUGGUCCCAUCCACCGACUAUGACCCAGAAACAACUAGUACGGAAGCAUCUCCUGUAGCAACCCCUCCAGAACAAUUUGAUAGUGCAAGGAUGGAAAUGAUCAGAACGGAAAACUGCGAUGUUAAUGGGGAGACUAGCAGGUUUAUGCGUUUACUGGAAUGUUUUUGUGGAUAUAAAGAGGGACCACAAAGCUCCAAGCCAAAAGUUGUGCUGGAGGAUGCAAGAGUCAUUGCAGAGGUGCUGUACGAGCCCCCUAGAAUUAAAACUCUCCUCAACGUGGGUCUGUUUGUCAACUGUUGCUUGGCCGUCUUCAUGUAUGUUUACUUCUCACUGUAGUUGAACUCUGCACUGAACCAAUGUGGACUGGUGUGGAUGUUUUUUUUUUUAUUAAGGUGGAAGUUAUGGCUUUUACAAACGAAAGGUUGAAUUUUCAAAGAUUUAAGAAGCUCUGUCUGUAAUCCAGUGGUCUUUUGUAGCUCUCUAACAUGGCUCUAAGAUUCCUCUAAUCAGCUUUUUUUAAUGAUAAAAGCUUUGCCACAUGAAAGCAAUUGUACUCCUUAAUGACUAUGAAGCUUAUUUGGCUGGUGCAAGUCCUUUUUCUUUUUUUUACAGCACUUGUAUUAAUCCGACAUUCAUAAUAUGUAGGCUCGCAUUUUAUUUUGUUGGUACUCUGUGAAUUUAAUAUUUGCCUUAUUUGACAAACGCACUUGUUGUCUUCUGAAAAUUAAAUGUAUUCUGUGAUUUAUGCUUUUUUUUUUCUAUUUUAGGUGAUGGCGACUGUACACGUAUAGCACAUGUAUGUCUGUAGUAAGUCAAAACACGGUUUCUAUUAAAUUGUCACGGUAUUGGUAUUUUAUACAUUUUUAUUGUGCCCUGAACUGUAAUUUCAAGGUUAUCAGCAAAUUAACUAAUACACAUCCAUGUUGCUCUUCUGGAGAGACUAGGUAGAAAUGUUAUCUAGCCCUCUCUUUGUAAAGUGGACCAUUAUGAAGUAUGUAAAAUGAGUUAAGUGCCAAAAACCAUUGCUUCUCUGUGCUGUUAAAUAUGACCAUUAUGUGGUUUGGAUUAGCCGACAAUUGCCAAGCUUACAACAAAUAUCUGGUAUUUAGAAUAUGUACGUGUUUUGAAGCACAGGAAAUGAAGAGAAGAAGCACAACAUUAGAAAUUGUUCCCAUUUUAUAUUUAUAUAUUUUCUUCAUCUCGAGAAGAAAUAUCUUCACUUCAUAUUGUGUGGUACUAUUAAAAGUGUUGAGUUUGUUGCAUUAUGUUAACAUUGUGUAUAAUAUAAUUCAGGGCUCAUUGGAUCACCCACAAUACAUUUCUUCUGAAGCAGGCUAUCUGUUGUGUAUCUACCGUGUGUCAAUGUACCUUUAGUGCACUGCAGUGCAAUUCAUCUUGUUUCAAGUGCAUCUUCUAUAAACCUCUUUUACCAAAUGUGUCUUAGUAUGCAAUGCUAAAAUGAAGAACAAAGAAUUCAGUUUUACUUCCUUAAAUUAGAGGGCAGUUAAUACCACAUUGUAAAAAGUUACCCUAAAAAUAUUUGUGUUUUUUGGAAUUUGACAAUAAUGUUGAAUGAGCUCCGUUUAAAAUGCCGGUGUCAUAAUGUGACGGGCCUAUCCCUAUUAAUGCCGGUCAUAAAUGACGCAUACAGUUUAGAGGAUUGAGUGAUGAUUGCUGUAUGGGAAAGUGCUUUAAAAUGUAUUCUUACUCUCUGAGAGAAUAUACAUUUGUUAUUUUUAUGGAUUUUAGUUUUAGAGACUUAAAAUAAAAUUCCCGUGGA